AUGAAAGAAGAGAGCAACCACCCCAAGUUCAACUGGGAGAUAUUCACUGAUGGUGCCAAGAACGAUAGUGGCACUGGGGCGGCAAUGGUCAUUUAUAAUAACCAAAAAGCCGUGGCACACGAAGAGUACUACAAGUUGGCAGACUUUUGCACCGUUAAUCAGGCCGAGCUAUGGGCAAUGGAAAGGGCCCUACUCUACAUCACCAAAAACAUCAAAAAUUUCAAGGGCCCAAUAAACAUCUCCACGGACAGUCGCUACGUAUUAAACAGCAUAAAUGGCAGUAAAAAGAACACUAAAACAGGAGUGAACAUCCAGCAUCUUGCAAGACACUUAGGCAAGCAGAGACAAAUCACUUUCUGCUGGGUUCCCGGGCACUCUGGCUCCCAAGGGAACGAUAGGGCUGAUAUACUGGCUAAAAAGGCCGUCAGCAGCAACCAACUAUCUAUCGCUUUUGAUAAGAUCCCCCAUCAGUUAUAUACACAGGUACAUAAAAGAGAAGAUCAAUAA